UCCGCGACUCUUCUCGUCCUGCCCAGUCCUCGCCUUCCAGCUGCGGCACUCAACUCUGCGACAGACGCACAAGCGCCUCCCAUUACAUCUUCUCUUUCUUUCCCCAAUGGCUUUCCCUUUUUCAAUUCAAAACCUCCCAUUUUCUUCAGCUCUCCCUCGGCGCAGCACGACGGCGUACCCUUCUUCCCUUUUAACUCUGCCCAGUAACCGUAGUCUCCUGAAAAUUCCAAGGAAUGCGAAAAAUCAAGAAAAAUCCCUUGCUGGAGCCUUGACUUGCAAAGCAAUGGUUCAGCAAACAGCUGUCCAAGGAGCUACUGCUGCUUAUGCUAAAGAAAUGGAGAGACUUUCCGCUAAAGAAUCCCUUCUUCUUGCUUUCAAAGAUGCAGGGGGGUUUGAAGCACUACUGACUGGAAAUGUAACAGAUAUGCAGCGGAUUGAUGUGAAUGAGAGGAUAGUAAGUCUUGAGAGACUCAAUUCGAUUCCUCGACCAACAACGUCUCCUUAUCUUGAAGGUCAAUGGAAUUUCAAGUGGUUUGGAGAUGGAAGUCCUGGCUUUUUUGCCGCUAAGUUGGUAUUCCAGACAUUUCCUUCAACGUUGGCUACUCUAUCGAAACUUGAUGUGCUGAUCAAGGAUGGAUAUGCCAAUAUCACUGCAAGUUUGAAGUUUGUUAACUCGAUAGAUAGCAACUUCAUUCUUUCAACCAGAUUAUCAGUUGAGGGACCACUUAGAAUGAAAGAGGAAUAUGUUGAAGGAGUAUUUGAGUCUCCAAAGCUCAAUGAAGAAACCAUCCCUGAGCAGCUUAAAGGUGCUUUCAGUCAGGCAGUUAGCACAGUGGAGCAACUUCCUGGUCCCAUCAGGGAUGCUGUUGCCAGUGGACUGAAAGUCCCUCUUGGCGGGAGGAUUCAGAGACUAUUUAUGAUUUCCUAUCUUGAUGAUGAAAUACUGAUAAUAAGGGGUAUCGGUGGAGUUCCUGAAGUCCUUACAAGAUUAGAUCCUGCCCCAGCAACCAAGGAAGAUCAGAUAACAGACUAUGAGAGUUGAAAGAGCCGCAGCUUGCUCUGAGGGUGAAAGCUCGGUAGUUCAACUUACCUCGGAAAUCCAGCAUAUAUUUUGGCAAUAUAUUACUCCCAAUGGGAAACAUCAACCAAAAACAAAAAGGAAUUGCACUAUAGAGUACAUCAUUCACGGAGAGAGGAAGGAGGGGCAGUGAUAAAUUGAGCAGUCGAAAGAACUGGUUCAUUGGUGCGGCUAGAUGUUUUGAUGUCAGUAACUAAGUGGUAAAACGUUUGAACUUGAAGACACUGGGGCAAUAGCACUCAUUGCCGUUGUUAUUACUUGUACUGCUCAGGGUAAAGUAAUCUUUGCCUUGUAAGGGACAAAUGGCAAAUAGGUUUGAAUUAAUCUAUUUCAUUAAUUACAUUAUGUUGGCAAGUUGUUGCACUUCUAUCAGACACUAAUGGUGCCAAAACUUUUAAAA